CCUGGUUACGAGCUCAUGGGCCACCCUGGAGAUGUUUUUAGGGUUCUGCGUUUCCGUAGAGUUAUGUUACUCAAUGAUAAACCGAAGAACCGCUCCGAGGAGGAGGAGGUGGUUAAAAAACUGUGCUCGGUGAAUGGGCUGUCCUAUGAAAAAAUAGCAACGGAAGGGAGCAGCAUCAGGUCACUGGAGAUCUUCUUCUCUGGUUUCCCCCGGAUGGUUGGGCUCUCCUGCUUCCCAAAUCUCCUCCAGCUGACCAUCGUGGACCAGAACAUUAAAGAAAUGGAAGGACUGGAUUGCUGUCCGAUGCUCCAGGAGCUCUGGAUCGUUCAGUGCCAUCUCACUGAGAUAUCCGGACUGCAGAGCUGUAUCCAACUGGAAAAACUGUACCUGUAUGAUAAUCAGAUCCAGGAAAUAAAGAAUCUAGAGCUGCAAGGCAACCUGACAGUCCUGUGGCUCAAUAAUAACUGCAUCACUGAGCUUCAGGGGCUGAACACAAUGAGCAAUCUGAGGGAACUAAACCUUUCUGACAACUUCAUUGAAAAGAUUGGGCACAACCUUGAUCCCAAUGUCAACCUUGAGAUUCUCAAUCUGUCCGGGAACAAGAUCCGCUCCUUUAAGGAGCUGACCCAGCUGGCCCGUUUGCCCCGUCUUAGAGAGCUCUCUCUGAACGAUCCCACCUCAGCUCUGAACCCAGUGUGCCAGCUGUGUAACUACGCCACGCACAUCCUUUACCACGUGCCGGGCCUGCAGCGACUAGACAACUGGGACGUCUCCUGCAAGCAAGUCAAGGACGCAGCAGAGUCUGCAGUUAUGAAGAAACUGAUGUACUACAACAUGCGCGUUCGCUCUGCUCGAAGGAAGCUGACAGAGACUCGGGUUGCUCUCGCGGAGAGGAAGAAAAGUUUGAUGCAGCAGCCGGAGGAACACAUCAGAACCCUCAGCCACGCUCUCAAAAGUCUGGAACAGGGACUCUCCCUGGUGCCGUGUGGUCCUAAGAGCUCUAGCUGUAAGAUGGAGACUGAACCAGAUGGACCCAGCGACCACGAGGACGCCCUGACGGACAGAACCGACCUGAACGCUGACGGCAGGGAUCCCGCUGUGGAGCACAAACUACUCCUGAAGAUCGAAGCGCUGAGAGAGAGACUGCAGCGAUGGACCAGGAGGAUGGAUGAGGUUCAGGCCUGGUAUGAGCAGGAACUGCUCCAAGCCAGGGAGCAGACGGAAUAUUUGGUGCAGUUUCUGUUGAUGGAGCUGGAAAGUGUUGGAAACAUUCGCUUGGAGGAUGGCUGCUCCACGGAUCCCUGGUAUACUUCCUGCUGCAACCUCCUGCUCUCCCGCUUCUCUCCGUCGGAUUAUAAGAGUUUUAGGAUCACCGGCGUGAAGGUUAGCAGAGUUUUCCGCAUCCACAACAGUACUUUGAGGCUUUGCUUUGAAGAGAAACUUCACAGCCUUCUUGCCAGCGAAGAGUCCGCCGCCGUCUUACAGAAUUAUAGACGUCGGCUGGAAUAUUUAUUCUACGUAGCUGACCCUCAAAAAUGCGAGAAGGAGCAAACUUUGUGUGUUUUGGAGGAGGGUUUCAAACCCACACACUGUCUGAAGGUUUUAGAAAGAAAGGGUGCAGUCCAUUUAUCCAACAGUUUAGCUGUGGCAGAACAGCCCAGAAUCGACUUUGUGCUGCAGCAGGUCAGCCAGUGUAACGCCACGCAAAUGUCAGAUAAAAUCCCUUUCCGGCACGGUCAUGUCAUCGUCUGCAAAGUGUUUGUGGGUAACAGCAUGCCUAUAAGCGACGAGGGCCUGGGAGACAUGAGGAGCUGUUCCAAGGUCUGCUCUGUGUACCGCAACCUGGACGCCAAGAGCAGAUCUGCGUCAGGUGACGACAGACCCAGCUCUGCUAAAACACCCCCAGGUCCUGAGGGUAGGACCCCCCGGCGAAGGCAGUGGUUUGUAUUUGACCCCGAGCUCGUCCUGCCAGAGUACAUCAUACAUUUUGAAUACAUCGCAGCGAACAGAGAAGAGCAGGAAGACGUUUGGUCGGCCGAAGACGGCGCCGCCCUCAGCAUGGAGCCCGUUGUGAAGCCGCAGCCCAGACUGCCGGGCCUGGAUGAGAAAACGCUGCUGAGUGCGGCUGGAGCGAACAUCCUCAGCCAGAUCACUGUUCUCAACCUUCACGGCAACAGUCUGAGCAAAAUCAAAGAGAUUUCCAGCCUCUCGGCUCUGAGGCAUCUCACCAUCAGCUUCAAUAAGUUCACGCGCCUGGAUGACGUCUCCCACAUGCCCAGCCUGGAGGUUUUGGACGCCAGCUUCAAUGAUAUAGUGACUCUGGAGGGGCUGCGGUGUUUAGGGCGGCUCCGACAACUCGACGUGAGCUGGAAUAAGCUGACCAGAGCCAGGGAGGACUCGGCCGUGUUGAGGAAACACACUCCUGUUUUGCUGGAACUGGACACCAGAUAUAAUCCAUGGAGCAAGCCAGAGGCAGUCAGAGUGACCAUACUAGGCCGUGUUACAACCCUGACACACCUGGAUGGGGUCAUGGUAACAGAGGAGGAGGCAGAAGAAGCUCUUCAGAUGACUACUGUCUCCAAAAUUAACCAGGCGACCCUUCUGGCUCACAGUCGUACCGUCGGCGAACGUCCUCGAAGCCUCAGCCUGCUGUCCACUGCUCAGCUCCUCCACCGCCUGUUUCCGGCUGCCUGGGGUCCCGGCAGAGAACUGGAGCCAGACUGGACCACGAAGAUCACCGCUCUGAACCUCGACAACCAGAGACUUUCCAAACUCUCCAGCCUGAAUAAGCUGGUGAGCCUCCGCUGGGCCUCCUUUAACCAGAACAACAUCUCCAGGCUGGCUGGUUUAGACGCUUGCCACCAGUUGGAGGAGCUCUCCAUGAAUCACAACAGCAUCAGCUCGCUCACCGGUCUCACAAGACUUCAGAGCCUGAGACACCUGAGCAUAGAUGGAAACCAGCUUUCCGGUCUGGACGGCUCGGAUCUGGACCAGCUGCCUGCUCUGACCUUUCUAUCCGCUGAAAGUAACUGCAUCACGUCCCUGAAUGGCAUCAGGAGCGUUCGCUCGCUCCUUGAGCUCUACAUAGCAGGCAACCAGAUUUCUACGUCAAGAGACAUCUACCAUCUUAAAGGAUUGGAAAAUCUGAUCAUCCUGGAUCUUUAUGGGAAUCCCAUAGUGGAGAAACUGGAAAACUAUCGAGUGUACGUUGUUUUCCAUUUACCAUCCCUGAAAGCUCUGGAUGGAGCUGCAGUGGAUGCAGGCGAGAGUGAGAAUGCAAAGAACAUGUUCAGGGGGCGACUGACCACGGACACGAUAGCAGAGAAGCUUGGCCACUCAAACUACAAGGAUAUCGCCUACCUGACCCUGCAGUCCUGCUCCAUCAGGAUGGUUGAUCUGUGUCCACCUGACUUAUUUAUUAACCUGCGCAGCGUCAACCUGGACCACAACAACCUCACCUCGUUCUCGGGCCUCAUCCACCUCCCCAACAUCAAAGCUCUGUGUCUGAACUACAACCACAUCGAGUCCAUUCUGCCAAAGCAGAAGUCUCAGGCUCACCUGUCAAGCAGACAGAUUCUGCACAGCAAGGUCCAUUCCAGCGGGUACGGCCAGCAGAGCCCAUCCAGGCCUAACAGGGAUUCUGGGCCCGCCAGCAGCCUGGAACCGCUGAUGGGAAGCCUGGAGGUGCUCCAUUUGAGUCACAAUGGCAUCUCCAAUAUGGCCAAUCUGCAGCUCAGCAGGCUCACCAAUCUUAAAGCACUCUUCCUCCAAGGUAAUGAAAUCAGCCAGGUGGAGGGCUUGGAAGGCCUCUACCAGCUCAGGGAGCUCGUGUUGGAUGGGAACCGAAUCAAAGCUCUGGGCAAGAACUCCUUCGCAGCCCAGAACCUCCUGCUGGAGCUGCACCUCGCCGGGAACCGCCUCCGGGAGCUGAACCAUCUCGAUCCGCUGACGGCGCUGCACAAACUUUUCCUUGACAUGAACAAGCUGCAGGACAUCACAGAGCUCGACAAAUUAGACGUCCUUCCCUCCCUGACCGAGCUCUCUGUAGCUGGAAAUCCUGUUGCCAGAAACUCUCAGCAUAGAGCAGCGGUUGUGCUGCGUCUGUCGCAGCUGCAGGUCCUGGAUGGACUCGUGGUCACUCUGGAGGAACGGACGAGGGCCGAACUCAGUGGAGAUCAAUAUCAAAGCUCUCAGCACGCUGGAGCAUAUCUGCCUACCGCUGACAUUCAUCUACCUGGAAUGCUGCCUGUCUGGCCUCAGAGCACCACAGGAAGAGGAGGUAUAAAUGGCGGACCACACAACGUCCUGCUGGGGCGCGACACCCCGCCGAGCAGCGCAGAAGACAAUCAUUGCACGCACCGACAUCAAAAGCAUAAAGCCUCAAAUGUCGGUCGAGGCAUCCAAACUGAGACCAACUUCAGGCAGAGCAGAAAAGCAAGAAGCAACCUGCCGACCACUGGAGCCCAGACAGACGGGAGCGGCGCCUGUCUCAAACAGGACCAGGACCACAGAAAUGAUGGUAAACCUCCCCCCAUGUAGCAGUGGGAAGAGCGGCGGCGUUCACAGAUCAGCUUCCUAACUGCAACAUAAUGUUUGUACUUUAAUGCUCUCAUGCAUUUGCAGAACAGAUGUUUUUGUUUGACCAUGCACAUGUAAAGACAUUUGGCUUCUAUUAGAAAUGCUUUCAGUUUGGAGUAAAUUAGGCUGCUGGACGCUGAUAUGCAUUACAUUCCUGUGAAAAGCAUAUUUUUGUAACUGUGAAUUUAUUCCUUCCCCCCACAUAUGUGGAUCACUAACCAUGGUAAUCUGAGGAUGAGAGGCAUUGGUGUCAUUUCAGCUCCUAUCCAAUCCUUUGCCCCGAACAAGUGAAAAAAAAAAAAAAGCCCGCUCACAGAUGGAAGAGCGUGUGAGGCUGGCCGGCUUCAUCCAUCGGGUCAAAUGCAUCCCCAACAAGUGGAUAAUCCAGCUUUAGAACACCUCUCUGUGGACAAUAAUCUGCAGUCGCUCAGAUAAAGAUGUAAUCUUGAAUAAGGUCCAAAUGGAUUUCAGAGAUUGUCGGUUUCAUGUUGUUAGCCUCUUUUCGGAAAGCCCAGCCCCAGUUUGUGUCACCUGCAGGCCCGUUUGACCAGCUGUCCUGAGUAAUAAAACCUGUCUGGAUGUGACGUUAUAAUGCUUGGUUCUUCAAAAGUUAGAUCUGUGAAGGGAUAAGUAGGAAAACAAUCUAACAAAUGAAUGCAAUUCAUUCCCAUGUAUCAAUUUACAUUAAAUGUUACAAAACAAGCUCAUUAUAUUUAUAUCCAUAAAUAAGAGUGUGGUAAAAACAUCACAUUAAAGUCUGUUAUUUUAUAUCUUAUAAGCUGCGAAUAUUCUAACAAAGCUAAAAAUAAAAUUCAAGUAAAACAAUAAAAAGUUUAGGAAGCACCUUUGAAAAUUUGCUGUAAAAUGUAAUUGAAGUGUAAUUUCUGGUGAGACAUAAUCAGAUGUGCAUAGAUUAUAACGCGGUUUAUCAACAUUUUUAAGGAUGUUUGCCUUGU